UGGAGCAGAAAUCAACGGACUUGUUAAGAGUGGUAGUUCAUUUGCAUUUAGUAGACAUGUCAAAGUAGGAGUAAUGCAAGAUGUUGAAGAUAUGAAAAUAAAUAGAAAUAGUUUUCUAGCAGCAUUGAACGAAGUACAUCCAGCUUUUGGUGUCAGUGAUGAAGAAUUGCAACAGUGCAUCCAAAAUAAAAUUAUUCAAUUUGCAUCACAUAUUGAGGGGAUAUUGUCAGGACCCUCUAGCAGUUGUAAAACAGCAUUGGUAGUCACAAUGGCAAUGGCAUCAGAAUUUCCUUUUAUCAAAUUAAUUUCACCAGAAAGCAUGGUUGGAUAUUCAGAAUCAGCUAAAAUGAUUGCAAUAAAUAAAUCAGUUCUUCAAGAAAUUGAUAUGUCAGAUUAUUUCAAUUCUGAAAUUGAAGUACCAAAUAUUGCUGAUUUGAGUUCAAUUGAAAUUGUAAUAAUGAUGAAAGAGAGCAAACACUCAAAACUUUUAAACAAAAUCACCUUAUUCAAAUAA